AUGUACGACAGAAAAGAAAACACUGCAUAUUACUUGCUUAAUGAGAAUAAAGAGAUCCGCGUCUGUAAAACUUUUCUGAUCAACACUCUGGGUAUCACACAACGGAUAAUACGGUCUGUUAUCGACGGAAAAGCACGGAAUGAUGGCUUUACGCCACCUGAUCAACGAGGAAAACACGGAAAGCAAUGCAAAUUGCAACCUGAAGUUAUACAAGCAGUAAAGGACCAUAUCGAAUCAAUUCCAAAGGUUGAAAGUCAUUAUCUCAGGGCUAAUACUAGCAGACAAUUCAUUGAUGGGGGUUUGACAGUCGCAGCAUUGCACAGAAAUUAUUCCGAAAUUCAGAAGCAACAAAACACGCCUAUUGUAAACUACGACGUCUACUCACGGAUUUUCAACCAAGAUUUUAACAAUGGAGUUUUCAAACCCAAAAAAGAUCGUUGCGAUGAGUGUGUGAAGCAUACGAAAAUGCCUCUGAAGUAG